CUAUCGUCAACUAGCACCACAUCAUCCGCAAAGAGCAUACAUCAUGGGAUAUCUCCUUGUAUAUCCCUUGUGACCUCAUCCAUCACCAAAAAAGAUAAGGGCUCAAAGCUGGCAGAGCAGAUUCAAAUAAUUUGGAAAAAUGCGGGUCGUGUUUACAAUCUACAGGAGGCAGCCAUGGCGGGUAUCGACUUAUCUGGCAACUCUCUUUCGCAAGAGAUCCCAGGUGGGCUCACAACCCUUCUUGGACUCAGGUACCUGAACUUAUCUGGAAAUCAUCUGUCAGGUUGUAUCCCCGAAGACAUUGGCAAUCUGGUACUGCUGGAAUCCUUGGACCUUUCACAGAACCAACUCUCAGGGGAAAUUCCUCCAAGCUUUGCAGCUUUGAAGGCCAUGAGCGCUCUGAACCUCUCGACCAAUGAUUUAUCAGGGAGGAUACCUACAGGCAGCCAGCUGCAGACGCUCGUCGAUCCAUCAAUAUACAGCAAUAAUCCAGGGCUAUGUGGUUUUCCAUUGAAGGACUGUGUAAACUCGUCAGACACCGACGCAAAAUGAAGUGAGCCAGGCUGAAGACAGAGAGGCCCUGUGGUUGUGUUGCUUUGUGGCUGCUGGGUUCAUCUUUGGGUUCUGGCUGUACUGGGGCAUCUUCUUGUUCCGCAGCGAGGCCUGGAGGUGUGCAUUCUAUCAGCAUGUGGACAGCAUGCAAGCGGAGGUUAUCAAGAAGAUGUGUAGCUGUAUGUCGCGAUUCUGGGCAAACGGCUCUGAAUGAUGAAGUGCGCCGUGUGGCUCUGGAGUAAUGUUGCGAGCAUACACGCCAAUGCCGAUCAUGUCUAAUACCGUAUUUCCCUUCCUCGUUGGUUUGCUGUAAAAGUACUUGCUAGUACUUUGGUGUGCAUGGCGUUAUUCAGGUUGUGUGGCGCUGAAACCUACAGGUUUUUCAGAUGAACUGGGCAACAUUUACUUUCUGAUUGUGUGGCGUAAAAAUGAAUAAGUUCUGUUGAAUCAGUUGUCAAAUUGUGUUGGAGAAGAUAUGGUGAAGUUAGCAUCUGAAAGGAUUGUGAUUGUAAAUUUGUAAUGCCCCCGUUGCCUCAGGCGAGUUGCCGUACGUGGUGUAAGGCAGAGGAAGAAGUGACAGUCAGUUAAUUUUUGUCCCUCUCCAAAGAGCGAGUAGAGGCAGAUAAGCCCAAUGCCUUCGUGGGCCCACUUGCAGACUACCGGCUCUGCCUAGCACUGGGUAGGUUUCCUCCUCUGUUUCCUGCAACAACAAAAAAGUACCCUCCCCUGUGGACAGUGGCGAAUCCAGGAAGAAAAUGAAGGGUGGGCUCAAAGUUAACAACGAGAAGAUUUCGCAAAAAAAAAGUUAACAUCAAGAAAACUAACGUCAUUUAGAAGAGAAAAAGGCGUUUCGGUAAAAAAAAGCAUUAUCUCCUAAUCCUAUUGUCCAAAUACGCUAAUAUUUUGCCAGAGUACCACUGAAAACAUAUGUAUUAUUAAUGUCAUUUUCUAGGUUCUUGCUAAUAAAAAAUAUUGAACGGAAGUUGAAAUCUAUCUACCAAAAUAUAGUCGCUAUCUCCUGGUCCUUUUGCUCCAAACAAGGUAAAACUUUCCUAGAUUACUACAGGAAACAUGACGUAUUUGCUAGAUUCUCUUAAAAAAGUAUAUCAAAAUUUUAACCAAAAUUUCAAUUUAUUUAGCAAAAUAUAGUCAUUAUCUCUUAAUCCUUUUCUUCAAAUAAGCUCAAAAUUGCCAGAUUGCUUCUAUAUAUUUGGUGUUGUGCUGUCCGCUACUUGCCUGUGGGCUGUUGGUGUUUAUUGGUUGAGAAUGAGAGACUGGGUUGCUGGGCUAGGACGUGUAGUAGUAAUUUUUUUUGUAUAUUUGGAGGGUAGGCUAGAGCCUUUUGAAGCCCCUUUACUGGACUCGCCACUGCCUGUGGAAAUCUUCUAGUAUUCCUAAUUUCUAAUGGAGUUGGUAGCCUCAUACUCCGGCUAAUUUUCGUUCGAUUAUUUUUCGUCCCCCUUCCACCCCACCACCACCACUCCCACCGGUUUUUCGAGUCGAAACCGAUUCCCCACCCCCACGAUAGAAAAUGCUGCUCCCGAUCUCACCCGAGCACCACGACGUAUUCGCGUCGGGGGAGGCCGGCCCGGAUCCCGCCGUCACCACCGCCCAUCUCUCUGUCAAACUCACCCGAUCCAUCCCACCUCCUCCCGAUCCAGGCAAUGCACGUACCCUAAUCUGCAACAGUUGCUCAUGAUCCCCUUCUUCGCGCGCUGGGGUAGUCACGCAGGGCCGCCACAAGACUGCCUUCGGGAAGUCGGGAGUCUCCAGAUGCAGGGCCGUCGCCGUAGGACGGACGGGUUACAAUCCUUCAUAUCCAGGGCGGCAAGUGCGGUAACCAGAUCGGCUCCAAAUUUUGGGAGAUGGUCUGCGACGAGCACAGCAUCGACUCGACCGGCCGCUAUGACGACACCGACCUCCAGCCUGCGGCAGGUUCGUGCCCCGCGCGUACAAACUACAAAGAUGAGCGACCAUGUCUCCUAUUUUCAUUCUUUCCUCGGCAUAAUUCUCCUGACAGAGGCGAAGAAGAUCGGCACUAGAUGAACGGAUGCACUAUGCUAUGCAAUGCAUGCCAGCUUAAUUACACGGCGCCUUAGAUGCAGAUAGAUUGAUGUCUGGUCACGAAUAGUAGUGCAGAUACAUUGAUGGCCAUAGUUAACACCUUGAAAGAGAUGGGCCUGACUAGGACGGCUAUGCGUUUCCAUUCAUAUAUGCACGGGGCUUCACUGUGGAACCAGAUUUAUCUCUACUGGGGAAAGGGGCACUGAGCCGACGGAGCUGAGCUCAUCGACUCUGUGCUUGAUGUUGUCUGGAAGGGGGUGCAGAACUGCCACUGCAUGCCUUCAAUGUCAUUUUCUUUCUCUACUGCCAUUCUUUGUUGGAGGAAGUUGACCCCUUCGCAUCCAACUACGGCGAUGUCCCCGUCGAGGAGAUCCAGUCCAAGGUCAUCUCCGGCAUUGCGGCCGGUCAGCAAGAAGAUGGACUUCGUCGUGCUGCGCCAGAGCAUGAGCACCGUGCAGUGCGUGCUCGUCGCCAGCGUCGAUGCCGGCGUCAGCACGCAGAUGGUGCACUUUGCCGCCUCCCUCAGCAAGGAGAGCAUCGUCGAUGUCGAAGGCAUCGUCACCCUCCCCAAGGAGCCCUUCAAGGCCACCACACAACAGGUUAGGAAGGCUACUGCAUCAAUAGGUCGAUCCCCACACUUCCGAUCAACCUGGACGAUGCAGCCAGUAGUGAAGCAGAAUUUGAGAAGGCUGAACAAGCUGGGGAAAAUCACGUGUUACCGUGCGGCGCUUUCUGGCUCUCAGUUUAUAGGAAAACUGUGCCGUGCACUCCGUCUCUCGGUUUAUAAGUAAGCCAUGUCCUCGGCCCUCGGUUUAUAUAGACGGGACACGUGGCACUGCCAUUAAACGUCCGGCCGCCAUGAUGUUUCUUUAUUAACCCGAGAGCCACUUGUAAGUACUCGGCAUAUAUAUAAGCCGAGCUUUUUGUUCAUGGCUCUUGGUUUAUACGUUUUGAGCCGGUCCUUAGUAAGCCUGUGGUGUAAGCCGGGACUUUUACUCGGCUUAUAUAUAAACCGAGCGUUUUUCGGCAUAAGCCAAUUGUAUCGGGCACACGGCUUAAUUUUUUUACCUGUAGUGUUGGCACGUGUUCUCCAGGACACAUGCUUGAACUAUCGAUCUGCGGACACCUGCGAAUCAAGCAAUCUUCAUCAUCCAAUUCCAUGUUGAGAACGUGAGUACUAUUUGUCUUCUUUGUACCGAUCGACUGUUAUCAUUCUUGCAGUAAGGCAUGCUGCUGUUACGGCUAGCACCAGGUGCGUUGUUAUUAUUAAAUAAAAGCAGGUCCCAUCACUGUUCAUUCUUUCAUCUUAGUAUCUCCAUCUACCAGCUAAACGCACCUUGCCCAAACUAUGCUUAUGUUUGUGACAUUCAUGUGGCAUCUCAUUCAGAUAGAUUUUAUUAUGUAUUUCUGUAUCAUGCAUGUUUAUUUUCUUCUUUUGGUUCAUAAAUGUCAUGAUUGUUGGAUACACAUGCAGAAAUUCAUAGAGUUUUUGUUCUCGGAGAAUUUUAUUGGGAUCCACAGUCCAAAGUUGAUUGGUGGAUCAAGGGAAGGUGGUGCAUUUGCAUUCAAGCUGGAGUACAAUGGCCAGUCUACUUGUUUAGCGUAAUAUCCACAAUUAUACAAGCAGAUGAGCAUCUGUGGUGGCUUUGGGCGCCGUGUUUUGAGGUUGGCCCCGUAUUUAGAGCAGAAAAAUCAAACACCCACAUGCAUCUGUGUGAGUUUAUUGGGUUGGAUGUAGAAAUGGAAAUUAAGGAGCACUACUUUGAGCUAAGGAAGAUUUGGAGGAAACAAGUCUUUAGUUUGUCUAUUAAAGUGAUGCUGACCAAGUACUGAUUUUUGUAUAUAGGUUUGUGAUAUCAUAGAUGGCUUAUUUGUAGCAAUAUUCAAACACCUGAAUGAAAAUUGUCAGAAGGAACUCGCAGCAAUAAAUACGCAGUGUCCAUUUGAACAUAUGAAGGUAAAACAUUACUCCUUACUGUUUUGUUGGAGAUGGCUAUAUUGCCCUAGAUCACUCGAUCGAUCAAAAUUUCCCUUGCAAAAAUUAUCUUAUCAAUGUGACUGUAUUUUAUACUCCCUCCAUCCCAAAAUAAGUGUCUAAAUCAAAAUAAGUGUCUAAACUGGAUUUGCAUUUAUUUUUCUAACUUCUAUGAAUGCCACACAAAUUGUUAUGGUAAUUUCUAUACAUGUGUGUGAUUUUGCAGCAUACCAAUAAAGCUUUUAAAAUAACUUGGGUUGGUAACAAGUAAAGUUAAACGGAGGAAGAUGCGUGAGUACGGAAGCUGUACCUUGUCAGUUUUGAUGACAAGAAGUCUCUCUUUGAUGGCAUCCACAGCUUGAUGAUUUUGCACCUCUAAGACUGCCUCUAAUGAUUUUUGGUUUCCCUUUAUACAUUGCAGAUUUUGAUCUGGCUUCCUCUAGGCAGGAUGCUCGCAAUCCCCUAGAUCUCAGCUGCAACAAAAAAUACCCAACAAGGCUGAUGUUUCAAGCUCAGAUCCUCUUCAUUGCGCGUGGUGCUAGAAGGAGAACUGGGCUAUUGUUACUGGUCAUUUUCUUUUGACUAUUUCACUUAGGCCAUCAUCAACGACACAUGUUUGCUUCCUGGAUCGAUCCCUUUCACUUCCUGGAUCUUAAACGGAUGUUGUGACUAGAAUUAUGAUAGCAUCAGUGUUCAUCAUUAUUCUUUUUGGACUUGAAUAGAUCUAUGUCUAAAUCACACUUCAUGUGUAUGAGCAAAUUAAUAUGUUGUACUUUCUGCCUUAAAUCACACCUUAGUAAUAUGUUGCUUUGCACAUGUCUUCUCAUGGCCUUAUUAAUGAUCUUGUUUCUAUAGUUUUCAACACAAGAUGAUAUUUUUGUAGCACAUUUCAUAUAAGUUUUCCUCCUACAAGGCUAUAAUUUCAAAUUCAAGCGGCUAUAAUUUCAAAUUCAAGCCAACCCAGCACACAAAGUUUAUAUAUUUUUAUUUUCUAUAUAGGAAGUGGUUGGCGCGGCGGUGGCGUUGAUGAACAACACCCAAUGUAGAGGCAUCAUGACCAUGGGGAAGGGAUCAAGAACAAUGUAGAGGCGACAUGACCAUAGGGAAGAGAUCAAGAACAUAAAGCUCUUGUGGUUCCUCAUCGUCGCUGUCAUCACCAACAACAACAAUGAUUGACCAGCUCAUGAAUCGGCUAUUAGAGCGGGGAGCGAGUUAGAGGGAGACAGAUCUUGUAGGUAGGUAGAACAACCAUGUUUUGGAAUAUAAAUGACAUUUGGUGGUAAGUCACCAUUGUAUUUGUAUCCAAUCUGUCACAUGCCAUAACAUGUCGAAUGUGUUGUACAAAUAUUCUUCAAUAAAUAUGGUUUUAGCUCUUGAUA